UAUAAAUCUCAACAGGCAGAACUAGGUGGUAUAAAGUAAUUAUAAAGAAGAGACCAGUUUUCCUUUUGUAUGGGUGGAAGUCUGCCAAAGCAUUAUUAAAAAUAGAUUUAUUAAACCAGAUAACUGUCUUUGCCAUGCCAUAACAGACCUUAAAUUACCCAAAUUCAAGCCCCUGCAGCCAUGGUGGGCAUGGAAAAUGAAUCAUAAUAACCUGUACCAAAUGGCAAGGACAUAAUUAGAUACCAGCCAGCUGCUGGGCCAUACACUUAACAAACUGCAAAUUUAUCAAAACAAAUAACAGAAAUCACCAAUUGCCAGUUAUAGUACAAACUAAAACACAAGGCAUGAUAAGUGCAGAAACAGCAUACAAUACCCACAAGCAAGUGAAAAAGGCGCUCCCUAUUCUUCAAUAUUAACCCAUUCCCUGCUGUAGGUGGCAACAAUGGAUGCAGUCUCAGCACAUAACUUUUUAUCAAAACUGAUUGAAACAAGGGGGAAAGACCAAGUCAGUGCUUAGGGUUUUUAUGUGUUUUUUUUAUUGAAAACUUCGGGGGGGGAAAGGCAUUUGUGCUGGAUCUUGAGCAUCACAAAGGCCUCUCGUAUAGAAUGGUACAAUUACAUAGAACAAAGGAAAUAUGAUAUUGUGCUAAAUUUAAUAUUAGUAAAUACAUUAAGGAUGUCUAGCAUUACAGGGACUGCUGAUGGUAGCAAGGUGGCUGCUUUGAAGUUGGACUUAUGUAUUUCAGCUGAGGCUCCAGUUGUACCAUUUUUCUGGGGACCCAUUCGCCCCUGACUUUAGCCCUGAACAUGCUGCUUUUCUCCAUAUCUAGACUUAUUUUGAUAUUUCUACAUGCGCAAUACCCCAAUUUACUACCUAAAAAUGUAACUGGAAUUUAAGUCAAUAAGCUUUUUAUAACAGUAUCUUGUUUUCUUAAAGCAUAUGAUAUUGAACAGAACAAUACAUUGCUUUAUAGAAAUGGGAAAUGAGGGAUUGUGGGCACAUAGGGCACUAUAAGUAAAUGGGACACUGGACUGGCAUUAUCUUUCUGUGUAAUCCGUUAGCACACAGAAAAUAGAGUUGAUUGAUUAUAUAUAAAUACUGGCUCCCAUAUAUUGAAAAGGAAAAAAUAUAUACUUUAUAAAACUCUAUGCUACUUUUUCAUUUUCAGUUUGCACGGGAUGAUAUUAACCCUAUGAAUAGCAAUACUCUCUCUAAUGAUUCCUAAAGCUGUAUCAUAAUUAGUCCCUGCAGAAAAAUCAAUUUAGGAGCUAAACUUUUUUGGAAAUAUGAUAUUUUAUGCAAAUGCUACACUUAAAUUAGCCUUUGCUAUUGUCAUGUUGUUAGAGUUUGUUUGUAUUGUUCUAUAUUUUUGAUAAUUAGGUAGAAUUUGAAGUACAGUUUUAGCCAAAACCCUGAAAACCCUCCCACUGGUUGUGACAUGAGAGAAAAUAAAGGAGUUAACAUGCAGAGUAAACAGAAACUAAAUCAGAUUUCCCCUUACUGUUAGAGAGAGAGAGAGACACCAUGGCCAGAGAGAGAGUAACAGCCGCCCGGGCCCUUUGCAUGAGGGGAUAUCUGCUCACAGUUUCCCUCAGUGUUUGGAUGGAUGGAGCCCAUGGAAUUGGGGUUCAGCUGAUCCCUCAGUAUCCGGUGGUUAGUCAGUCUGUUACCCUGAGCGUCACUGGGGUCACUGGCACAAUACGGCAGUUCGACUGGUAUAAAGGUUCAAGUACAAAUACCAAUACCCAAAUAUUCACUGUUAUUCCAUCUACAAACUCAGUGACAAAAGGGCCUCAGUAUUUCCCUCGUGCCAGUCAGUUCCCAAAUGGCUCAUUGCAGAUAUCAGGCCUUUUUCUUACAGACCAGGGGAGUUACACAGUGCAGAUACAGACUGAGAGUACAGUACAAGCUACAGUUUCCCUGCCAGUUUAUGGGCCUGUCACUGCCUCAGGGAUCAGCACAGACAAUAAGGAACCCCAGGAGAAUCAGCCAGUCACCCUCACAUGCAGUGCAAAUAAUGCAGAACAGAUCCUCUGGGGCAAGAAUGGUGUCCCUCUCCCUCCCGGGCUGACUCUGUCUGCAGAUAACAGGACUCUCACUUUCCCCAGGAUCUCUCGCUCAGAUACCGGCCAAUAUCGAUGUGAGGCUUCAAAUGCCGUCAGUAAGAUUAUCAGUGAUCCCUACACAUUAACUGUAAACUAUGGUCCAGAAUAUUUCAAAAUUACAGGAACACUACAAGUGACUUCUGGCUACUCCACCUCAUUAGAAUGUUCUGCUGAUUCUGUUCCUGCACCAACCUACCAGUGGAAAUUCAAUGGGACUAAUUUGGAAUCACAGACUAACCCACUGUACAUCCAACAGGCCACACCUGAGAAUGCAGGAAAUUAUACCUGUAUAGGGACUAAUUCAGUGACAAAGCUCUCGCGGGAAACCUCUGUGUAUGUGUCUGUGAAUGAUUAUGAUGCAUCUCAUUCAGGCAACUCUGCAGCCAUUACAGUCGCCAUCAUCUGUGGGUCCAUCCUGGGGAUUGUACUUAUCAGCGGUAUAAUGGCGCUGCUGUACAGAAAAUAUGUUCUUCCCCUAAGAGGACAAUCAGGUGACAGAGGGGAGGAUCCAUCCCAAAUAUAUUAUAACAUUCCCAACACUGCAGCGGCUCAUCCUGCAAUAGAGGAGGGUCCAUACAUGGGACUGCAGUACCCAUCUCAGGAUACAUACAGUGAGCUGAAACCAUAAUGUGACACAGAUAAUUCAUUGCUGAUAUUGGGGUGGAGAAGACUUCCAGUGGAACAUUCAAUUAUAGCAAAUUACAUUGUCUGAGCCCUGUUUAAUCAUCUCCUGACACCUCCUCCAGUGACCAAAGAUUGCUGCAAUGAGGGGAUUCAGUAUUGUAUGUACUGGUUCACCAAUCAAAAGCCUGACAGCAUAGGAAGCCACCCCUCCCAGUGCUGUCAGUUCCUUGCACUUAGCCCUUUUCUGUUAUACACUGCAGUAUUUGGUGCCUGUGCGCCAGUGUUUAUAAUAUCAGAGAAGUGAAAUACAUGGCAUCUACUAAUACAAAUAUAUUUAUUUAUUUAUUUAGUUCUUUGUCUCUGACUUAGUUAGUUUGUGGGUCCCUAGAAGUUGCAGGGUCUGCUUUCUCUAUAGUUACACUCCUGCUUUUCAGUUAAAUGAUUGGUGAGUUUGUAUCAUAGUAACUGUGGUUGAAAACAAUACAUCCAUCAAGUUCAACCUUUUGUUCUAGCAAACCUACCUAACUGCUAGGUGAUCAAUUGUGUAGCGCACACACAAAUAAUUAUGUAGGGGAUCAGAGAACUCUUUCCCCUGUUUCUCAGUCUGUGACAUCAUCCGGCCUGGUUACAGACUGGGGAGAAAUCCGAUUGGCUGGAUGCCCCAGUGCACUGUUGGGAGAGAGAAGUGUGCCUAGGUUUGUAGCCAAAAAUUGGUUGCGGGCCCAGCAGCUUAUAAAGGGAACCCCUGUUGUUUUUCCAGAGUUGAGACAGAGAGACCAUCCUAGAAGCAGUGACUGCAAGACUGUGCCAGCCUGUAAAGAGAGAUCUGCUAGACUGCUAUUAGAUGCCUUUACCCCCUGCGGAUCCCCAGUGAGUGAUCCAUCUGAGGGAAAGGUAUAGAGUCUCCUGUGUGUGUCCCCUGUGUGAGAACAGGUGU